AUGGAUUCACUAUCAGCAGGGCAGCAGCGACUGGAGCAGCGGAUAGACGAGGGGCAGCAGCGACUGGAGCAGCGGAUAGACGAGGGGCAGCAGCAUCUGGAGCAGCGGAUAGACAAGGUGUUCGUCACACAGAAGCAGCAGCACAAGCAGCUGGCACAGCAGCACAAGCAGCUGGCUCAGCAGCACAAGCAGCUGGCACAGCAGCACAAGCAGCUGGGACAGCUGCAGAAGCAGCUGACAGCGGUGCUUGCACCGGCCCGCCCUGACACUGACGUGCACCACUUGGCGGAGCGGCUUGCCAGCCUGCAGGAGUUUAGCCACUACCUGGUCCUGCUGGUGCAGCAGCUAGAGAGGACGGGCGCCACAAGGGCCGCCCAGGUGGCCACCGCCAUCCAGAGGCUGCGGCAGGUUCUGGAAGAGGGGGCCACAGAGACGACGAGGAUCCGGCAGGCCCUGGGAGCCCUCCGAGGCGCCUUGACCCGCGCUGCAGGAGCACGCAGCGGCGACCACGGCGCCAGCGGCAGCCAGGAGGCCGGGCCUGAGGCCGGCGCGCGGCAGGUGUGGUGUUUGGAGCCGCUGAGGCGGUGCUUCAAGUACCUGGACGCGACGCAGGGUGGCACUGCGCCGCAGCACCUGCUGGCGUCCGGCAGCCUGGGCGUGCCGCUGCUGGUGGCGCGGGCGGUCGGCGAGCUUUGGGAGUGCGUGGAGUUCGACGCCGCCCCCAUUGUCGUCGUCGACGAGCGCGGGGUCACAAUACAGACCGCAGAGGUGAAGAGCAGCCUGGCAGGGCUGCGCGAGGGCCGCAAGCAGGUGGCCUUGCGCGCCAGGGUGCUUGGUGAGGCGCUUCGGCUGCUUGCGCCGGACGGCCAGGCGCCGGCCCCGAUCCACCUUGAGGGCACCGUGUAUGUCUUCGACAACGCGGACGUGUCCGGGCAGCUCCCGGCCGCGCAGGACAUCGACGGCGUCGUGACCACGGUUGAGUUUGUUGCCGGCUAG